AUGGAGGACACAGAACUCAAUGGCACAGAGCGCAUCUGCGUUGAUGGGGAAAUCACAUUGAUCCCAUCACCUACCAAUUCUCCAAAUGAUCCAAUGAACUGGAGUACCUGGAGACGGUAUUGGCAUGCAUUUCUGGUCCUCUUUUUUGUCGCCUUGACCGCAGCAACUGCCAACGAUGCUGGCAACGCUGGUAACGGCAUGAACGCCGAUCUGGGGAUCACGUGGAAUCAAAUCAACACGGCUGCAGGUGUCUUGUUUGUCGGUAUUGGAUAUACCACAUUGCUCCUCGGCCCGGCACCUUUCUUAUAUGGAAGACGUAUCUCCUAUCUGAUUUGUCUGGUGUUUUCCGUCAUCGGGUCCAUCGGGCUGGCCCGCACCCAAAGUGUCGGGGACAACAUCUGGAGCCAACUUUUCGUGGGCGCCUCCGAAUCCUGCGCGGAGGCACUUGCCCAAUUGUCUCUUUCCGAUCUGUUCUUUCAGCAUCAAAGAGGUAUGGUACUAGGAUUAUACGUUCUUGCCACGAGUAUCGGUACAUUCACCGGACCCUUGGUGUCCGGCUUUAUCACCGUCUCUCCCCUGGGUUGGAGAUGGGUGGGCUGGUUUGCUGCCAUCAUAUCAGGGAGCUUGAUCGUUGUCUUCUACUUCACAUUGGAGGAAACCUUCUUCGAUCGAAACAAUCCUAUCCACGGACAUCAUGCGCCUCAUAGCGCGAAUGAGCUCCCCUUGGACAAAAAGGAUAAACCCAUUGCGAGCGUGCAGCCAUCACCCUCCGACAGUGAACUCGACGAAGAAUGCGGCCAGGAAAAAGGAAAGACAUAUUUCCAGCGUAUCGCUCUGAUCACCCCAUCGCCAACCCUGGUCGGAACGGGCUUCAAGCAGUAUUGCCGACGUCUAUUGCACACGCUCCGCGUCUUCACCUUCCCGGCAGUCCUCUACUCAGGCCUUCAAUGGGGUGCCCAAGACGCCUGGCUGACCUUCUACCUCACCGUUGAAGCGGACAAUUGGUACGGGCCACCGUGGAACUACACUGACGCCGCAGUGGGCAUCAUGAACGUGCCGACUCUGAUCGGAUCAGUCCUCGGCUGUAUUUACGGUGGAUGGUUCUCCGACUUCUUCGUCAUGUGGAUGGCCAAGCGAAACAAGGGAAUUUUCGAGGCUGAGCAGCGUCUCUGGCUCUUGUUGCCUGUUGCGUUCAUCGGCCCUGCUGGCCUCAUGCUAUUCGGGAUCGGCUCGGACAAAGGCUGGAACUGGCCUCUGCCGUAUCUUGGACUGGGAUUCAUUGGUUUCGGCUGGGGUUGUGCGGGCGAUCUUAGCAUGGCGUAUCUCAUGGAUGCGUACCCGGAUAUGGUGCUGGAAGGCAUGGUCGGUGUCUCCGUUAUCAACAACACUAUUGGUUGCAUUUUCACAUUCUGCGCUGGGCUUUGGUUGGAUUCGCAGAGUCUGGCUCAGGUCUUCAUUGCGAUUGGUGUUUUGAGUUUCUGUUUUAUUAUGACUACUAUCCCCAUGAUGUACUGGGGCAAGAAGUGUCGGCAGAUGACCCGGAAGCAGUACGAGGCCUUCCUGCUGCUUCGUGAUGGACCUUCUAACUGA